CUGUAGUCAGCAGUGGACCUCACUCGAAUUGCACCGCAGUGUGAGAAAAAUCGGACAACCAUCAACUUUCACUCAUAUAGUUGUGAGCGUGGGAAUGCUGUCGCGGGUAAUUUGACCUUUUCCACAAAGGAGAACCAGUGCAUUUCCCGCGGAAACAUGCGUGUUUGAAACUUUAACGAACUUUUAAAUGUCUUCAGUUGGACCUUUUUACUUGGAGAGCAACAUGCCGGAGCAUAUCAGCAUUUCGGACUUUGUUGCUCUGACAAACGAGGACUUGGCAUCACCGACUACCUCGAUUUUUCAGUCCAAAAUGAGUGAAUGUCGGAACACUGUUUCGGCAGUCGAAGAGUCAAUGGAGAUGGACCAGAACACCUUACAGAGGAUGAAGAAGAUGGUCAAGGCUAUUCACAGCUCUGGAAUCAGUCACGCAGAGAACAAGGAGCAGUACAUCGACGUGCUGGAGAACCUGGGCAACAGUCACCUGACCCAGGACAACAACGAGGUGUCCACUGGGUUCCUGAACCUGGCUGUCUUCACCAGGGAGGUCACCGCACUCUUCAAGAACCUGGUCCAGAACCUGAACAACAUCAUCUCCUUCCCCCUGGAGAACAUCCUGAAGAGUGAGCUCAGAGACAGCAGACUGGAGCUGAAGAAACAGUUGGAGAAGAGCUGGAAGGAAUAUGACAUCAAAGUUGGGAAACUGGAGAAGGAGAGGAGGGAGAAGAGUCGGCAGCUGGGCCUGGUCAAGACUGAGGGACACAACGUGACGGAGGACAUGGAGCGAGAGAGGAGGACCUUCCAGCUGCAGAUGUGUGAGUACUUGCUAAAGAUCCAGGAACUGAAGGUGCGCCAGGGUCCAGACCUGCUCCAGAGUCUCAUCAAGUACUUCCAGGCCCAGCUCAAUUUCUUCCAGGACGGCUUGAAAGCUGCCGAGAACCUUAGUCCUUUUGUGGAGAAGCUGGCGUCAUCUGUCCACACGGUGCGACAGGACCAGGAUGAGGAAGUGAGACAGCUCUCUCAGCUACGAGAUUCCCUUAGGCUGCUGCUACAGGUGGAGGGAAAAGAAGAAUACCUGAACAGAAAGAACUCGGGUAACGGAUACAGCAUACACCAACCUCAAGGCAACAAGAAGUACGGCACGGAGAAGUCCGGCUUCCUACAGAAGAGGAGUGACGGGAUUAGGAAGGUGUGGCAGAAGAGGAAGUGCGGAGUCAAGUACGGCUGUCUGACCAUCUCCCACAGCACGAUAAACCGACCACCGGCUAAGCUCAACCUUCUGACCUGUCUGGUGCGCCCCAACCCCGAGGAGAGGAGGACCUUUGACCUGGUCACACACAAUCGGACCUACCAUUUCCAAGCUGAGGACGAGCAGGAAUGCAUGAUUUGGGUGUCAGUGCUGCAGAACAGUAAGGAGGAAGCCCUGAACACGGCGUUGGGCGGCGACCAGCUGCAGUUCCCGGACUCCGGGCUGCAAGAGCUGGCCAGGGCCGUCAUCACCGAACUCAGACACAUGCCCGGCAACGAGGCCUGCGCUGACUGUGGAGCCCACGAUCCUACCUGGCUCUCCACUAACCUGGGCAUCCUGACGUGCAUAGAGUGUUCUGGGAUCCACAGGGAGUUGGGAGUCCAUUACUCCAGGAUCCAGUCCCUCACACUGGACAUGCUAAGCACCUCAGAACUACUGCUGGCGGUCAGUAUAGGCAACACACGGUUCAAUGACAUCAUGGAGGCCAGUCUUCCCAAUGAUUCCAUCAAACCUCUACCCCAGAGUGACAUGAAUGCCAGGAAGGAGUACAUUGUGGCUAAGUAUGCCGAGCGGCGCUACGUGCUGCGCAGGGACAGGGAGGAGGGUGAGCCGUGGCGUGUGUAUGAUGCCGUGAGGAGCCGGGACCUCACCGCCCUGCUGCAGUUAUACGCCCAGGGAGAGGACCUGGCCAAACCGCUAGCACAGCCUGAAGGACAGGAUCUGAGAGAGACCGCUCUUCACUUGGCUGUCAGGCUGGAGGACAGGAGUUCUCUAGCCCUGGUGGACUUCCUCAUUCAGAACAGUGGCUGUCUAGAGAAGAGGACUCGAGAGGGGAACACUGCUCUACACUACAGCGCCCAGCACCACAAAACAGAGUGCCUCAAACUGCUGCUCAAAGGAAAGGCUGUCCUCCACACAGUGAACUCAUCAGGAGAGACUGCCCUGGACAUCGCCAGGAGACUGCAGCACUCCCAGUGUGUAGAACUGCUGGAGCUGGCCCAGAGUGGGAAGUUCAACAGUCAGAUCCAUGUGGAGUACAUGUGGGAGACGCAGAGCCAGGACCUGUACGACAGUGAAGAUGAACUGGAUGAGAGGGUGAGCCUCUUACCCAGGAACCUGCGCUCGUCUCUGCCCUAUAACGGGGGCGUGGGCGCCUCGCCCUCCCGCUGGAGCUUCGCCAACACCCCUGUGGCAUGUAAGACCUACGAAAAUGUGGACUUCUUGUACCGUAACCCCCCCGCCAACAGUGCCCCAUCUGGCGUCCUCAAGCCCCCACCGCCGCUGCCUGCUAAAGCCAUCAUGAGAGGCCGCUCGGACCCCCAGAUAUCCGUGUCCACCCAGGAGGGGGGCCGCAAAUCACCCCGGCGCUGCUGCUCUAACCCUGCCCCCCAGUCCAGCCCCCCCUCCCCCAUGUUGGAGGGUCAGACCCAGGGGGGGAGGCCACCCAGAUCACCCCACGGCCAGGGGGGUCAGGUGAGGGGACAGAGACCGACCGCAGCAUGGGAGGGUCAGGCUAAUAGUGGCUCAUGGUCUGGGGCCUUAGACAGCAGCACCAAGUCCAGCUCCCCUCAGAACCACAUAGGACCCGUCAGCUCAGAGAAGACAACGUCGUACAGGAGGACCAAUAGCGGAGGACAAGGGAAGGGUUCUACAGCCAUGACCUCUCCCAGCUGUGUGACACUUGGCAGUCAGGAGGAGCUGUACUGCAGCUUCGUGACUAACGACUCCGCCCCCGGCGCCACACCUUCGGCCACACCCACCACCUCGCCCAUCACUGUACCUGCCCCGCGCCCUCGCAGAAAUGCCAUGGUAUCUAAGAGCCGGCCGACACAGAAGAAGGUAAAGGCGCUGGUGGACUGCAGAGCUGUCAGCUCGGACCAGCUGGCCUUCUUCAAGGAUGAGGUCAUCGUAGUCACAGCCACCGAGGACCCCCACUGGUGGGUCGGCCACAUCGAGGGCUAUCCAUCCAGAAGUGGGACUUUCCCUGUGAACUAUGUCCAUAAACUAGGGGACUGACUAGUCAUAGCCAUGGCCUACAACCUAAGCCCCUACGCCCUACUCUAACGCUUACCACGCCACUUACCUGGGAAACCCAAAAGGCUCUUAACGAUAUUCUGAACUUUGUGUUGUGUUGUGAUCCAAGGGCUAUAUAAUCUGCAUACACUCGACUGUAUAUACAGACCGUGCACUGAAGGAAGUCACUAUAGAAUGAAAGAGUGUAAUCUAGGCUUUAACUGACCAAAGCACGUGGAGGAAUGCCACCCUAAAAGAAAAGCGGAAUGAGAAAAGACUCCCUCCACCUUCGACCGCUCCAGUUGUAAAACAUACAAGAGUUAAAUGGUAUUUACCACAAUUCGCUGCUCGGGGAACAUGACUACAGUCCCAGCCACAAAACUGUUGGAAAAGUUGGAGGAGCGAGUAUUUCUGCAUGUCUUUGUGCGUCAGCCUAUGCGUGUGCGCGCAACUGUUGGAUUACCUGUCAAUGGCAUACAUAUACUGUACUAUACUGGAGUCUGGAGGAGAGAGACCAUGUGCUCUGUAAGAGAGGAUGAAUAGCCUACGUUGUCCACUGCCUUUCUGGAAACUAAAGAGACUAGGAGAUUCAUGCCAUGUCAUUCACAGUUGUCGGGACUCUGAGCCAGAUGCAAUGAAUACCUGCUCAGUGACCGGUGGCGUUGACGUCUGGGGCUGGAACGACCUGGAACUGAAAGCCAGACAAAGUGCCUUUGUGGCUGCCAGCCUGUCUCCCUGGGCCUCUGGGGCUCUCAGGCUGCCGCUCUGAAAUGGAACCCCAGCCCCUAAGCUGGUUUUGGGCCAGACUCCAGCACCAGCUGGAGGUCUGGCUGGAGCCUGUGUGAUUCAGUUUCCUCCAGUCUCCAGAUGCAGUGGAGUCUCUACACACUAUGUAUGGUUUGGCGGGGGACAGGAAGAGACUGUCGCUGCAGUGAAAUACACAAAGCUGGAUAUUCAGUAGGUACCAAAUGGAUAGAAACAGGAGAAGACUAAAUGAACUGAUCGAAUAAGAAAUGUUUGUAUGCGUUGCAAAAUGUUGUCUCUUACUUACUCUAAUGCACCAGGAAUCCAGCAGAAUACCGUCUCGAUACAAUUUCAUAAGCGCUUUUAAUGCCACUAAUAGGGAGCAAACUGUUAAGUGUCUUGUACAACUGGUUUAUCUGUCCACAAGUGAAACUAUGCCUGCUAUGGGCAUGAUGGGCUCUCGUAGGACAGACCACAAUACAACCCUUUUUAGAGACAAGGAUCUGUAGCUUUUUGGUUGUGCAGGUGUUUCUACGCCUGUUUGCAUUCCUGUCGUUCGACAGGGGGUUAUUGAAGGUUUGUUUGGCGUUCUAUAGCUCGAGUCACCGCCAAUAAAUAUACAAGCAGAGGACUGCAUGAUCGCUUCAAUGUGCAUGGAUCCAGGGACGGACUGUAAAAUGAGGGCAAACCAUUGAGUGCAUGUUGUACUCUGUUGUACAAAUGUUAAAAAAAAAAAAAACACAUCUGUUGCAUGUUGUUGGAAACAUUUUAUACACAACAUUUAUAUCACCCAGUGUUGUAAAAUUGCCGAGCAUCAGGUUCGAUGCACUCUUUACAUACUGUACCAAACUUUCUCAUCUUCCGCUACUCACGCGCUCUCAUGUGAAUGAUACUUGUUAGUUGUGAACAUCAAUUCGAUUCUAUAAACUCUUAUCUGUGCCAGUGGAGCAACGAGGCAUGGGGUUUGGACUAGACGGUGGCCCUAAGGGCCCAGUCAGUCCACAGUACACUCUAUUGACUCAACCCGACUGAGACCGAGGAAUGAGAGGUGUGCUGGAGCCCCCCCGGGGCCCUACAUACACUUCACUUGAAUUUGGACCGUGAGCUUGAGUAGAGCUGCGUCUCAAUACUCUUCUAUCAUUUUUUCUUUUUAUAGGUACUAUCGGAUCAAGGGUUGUGAGGGAGAGGAAGCACGGGAAGAAAGCUCUUUGACAUUACUGGACUGAUGGCGAGCUAAGUGAAGCCACUUGUUGUUCUUCCACGUCUUCGUAUCGUUGACCAUACACAGAUCAUACACAGAUCAUACACAGAUCAUACACAGAUCAUACACAGAUCAUACACAGAUCCUGAAUCGAUCUCGACGGUUGAGACAUUAUCACGUGGUUUCUGUGAAGUUCUCUCACAUUAACAAUAUACUGGAAUAUUUCUGUCAUUUCAUUGAUUAGCAACUAUUUGUAAUAUAGUAUGUUUUGCACUCUUUGUCCUUUCCACAUGUGAUUUUUACGCUCCACUAGCGAUCAUUAAAGAAGACUGUUAACAUCUGA